UUGCGGCUUAGAUAAAAAGUGUGACCCGAGUUAAUUAAUCGGAGUGGGAAAAAGGAGUGACUGAUAGAUUAUUUGGAAUGGAAGGAUGACAACAAUCCCUGGUUCACCAUUGACUUGCCUUCCUUGCUUUUAAGGAACUAUACUAGAUAAAUAACCAGAACAAACACCACCCGGCCAAUUGAUUUAUCAAGGGAAGGAGAGAAUGCAAGUAGUGGAUGAGUCGGCACAGAAACAGGAUUAAUUUUAUGUAUGUAAGUUUUUAAAUAUGAAGUCAACAUAAGCUUAGUGGGACAAAUGUAAAGGGGUAUAUGUAUAAAAAUUGCAAGAAAAAGUUAUUCGAAGUUGUGGAGAAUAAAACAUAAAGGAAAGCGAUAUAAAAUCCAUUACCGGGGGAAAGAAAUGAGAGGAGAGCAUAAAUGACAAAGCGGAGUGAGCGAGCGAGUGAUGCAGGAAAAUGGAGAGGGUAUAAUACUGGAAAGCACAAGGAAGGUGCGAUUGCUGAGAGAGUGGUGGGGGACCCUCAGGAGGCUAAAAGCUUCCAAAGAGGAAGAAGCCUUUCUCCGCACCUACAAAUACCCCCCCUCCUCCCCUCCUCGCUCCUUAGCGGCCUUGCGUGACUCCCUCCCCUAACUCCGUUGUGUUCUCUGCCUCCCGGACCAAGGAAAGCAAGCUUUGGACUUUGCAUGUCAUCCUUAUUUGAGUGACACUCGUAAUCACUCUGCUUUCCGACCGUCCGGCCAAGGAAAGAUGUCGGUGGCUGUCAUUCAAAGCUCGCCCGCAAGCUUCAACUUGGGCCACCGCAACUGGCUAUCGCCAGCGGAUCGAUACCGGAGCGAAGAAGACCGUCCUCCGGCGCUUAAGGAGGGCGGCGAGGAGCCUCCCUCGCAAUUCGAUAUAUGGAGCGCGAUCCAGUCGCAGAAGACGGCCGCUGCCGCAGCUGACCAGCCGGCGACUCCUUAUGUUCAUCCCCUCGUGAGGCCCUCUUCGAGCUCGCUAAGCCAGAAGAGCCUUGAGAUAUGCACGGAGAGCCUUGGCUCGGAGACCGGCUCCGACGACUUCUUCUCCUUCAUGGACGACCUACCCUUGCUCGACGAUAAAGAAAAAGAAGAGGAGACGAAAUAUGUCCAUGAGAAGCAAGAUGCAGCAGCAGAGGCAGGCGAGGUAAUAGCAGCGGAACGCGGAGAGCGGUCUCCCCGAGGCACGGAGCUGACAUCGGUGAACUACCAUUGCUCCAUUAGCAGGCGGUCACCUCCGAGGUCGUUCCCUCCGCCGCUCCCGUCGAUUUCUCGACGCGACGGCCCCUGCUUCCACAUGCGGCCUCACCGCUGCGACGGGCGCCUCGUAGUCGAAGCCGUCCCCGUCCCUCCUCAAAACUACCUCCAUGCCCGGCGCGUCGACGGCCGCCUCGUGCUCUCCUUCAUCGAUACCAUUUACGGAGACGAGCCCGGUUACGAGUCCGAUGCCUCUGACGCUGCCGCUGAAAUCACACAAACAUUAACAGAAGAAGACGUCGAGAAAGAAAAAGAAGAAGCUACAGAAAGCGAAUCAAUGGGAAUAACACAGUUAGGAGUGAAAGAAGAAGAAGAAGAAGAACUAGAAGGAAACAACCGUUAUGGUGGAGAGGAAGAAGAAUUAGAGGAAAAUAACUGCUACGAAGAAGAGGAAGAAGAAGAGGAAGUGGAAGUCGUCGACAGGGGAACCGUCGUCGAGGUAAAGGUGAGCACGCAACCGCAGCAACAGAGCGGUGCCAUGAAGGUUCACCGGUCUUCGCUCGUCAUCAACAAGUUCGUCGGAGAUAUGCCGCUGAGUGGCAUGGCCGAACACGAGCCAUCCGCUCAGGAGGAGGACAACACAAGCAGCCAAAACAAGCACAACCACACUGUUUCAUCGGCACCGGCAGCCAGGCGGGCGUCAUCGAUAACCACCACUGCAGCGGCUGCAGUAGUGGCGGCAUCCACGCUCGGUGUCAGCACAGAGAGCCACCACGAUCACGGCUACGGCAGGACAUGGACGGCGGUCGGCGGUCAUCGCCCUCCGCUCGACAACAAGCUGCUCUUCACAUCGAAGCGGCGGAACCGCGAAGAGUUGCUGCACAACAUGAGGAGGUGCAGCCAGCUGCGCAGGCCAUUGUUCAUAUGGGAGCCCUACUGCAUUGCCACUUCCUCCUGAGACUCGAGACAGUCUCUCGAGGAUCCACCUUCAUCCUUAAUAGCCCAAGAUCGCUGCUGCGGCUGCUGCUACUAUUCAGGCUACCAAGUAUCAGCAUCGCAUGACAAAGAAAGACUCACUGUUUGGUUUCCUCUGCAUUGUAUCGUGGUCAUUCUUCUACUGUUAUUAUUAAUUUUUUGGGAACGACCAACGUCCCUUUUUUCCAACCAGUGAUUGGAUUUGAUUUCUAUAAUGAAAGAUUUGGGAUCUUUAUGAUUA